GAAGUAGAAAAACCCGCCUCACGACGCGAGGUUCUUGUGUACUUUACGUUAAUGUUUUAUAUGACAUUUAUUUGUUAUUGUAUGUUGUUCGAAAUUCAGCGGAGACAAAGUUUAGGUUUUUACGCGUGUGUUCAUACAGGAUCGACACGCUGAAGUAAAAUGUUGAGUCCAGGCAAGCUGGUUCGGUGUUUGUGAAGAAAGUGUCCCAAAAUGGAGGACAUGUUGAUGGAAUCGGACCCGGUGGAAAUAUCCGGACCCGGACCGGAUCACGGGGUCGCUGAAGCGUGGGAAUCCGCCACCGCAGCUCUGGUGUCUCCUGGAUGCUCGGUGUCGGACCAGAACCUUUCGGACUCCUUGGUUCUGCUCUCUGGCCACGGUUUGGGCGGGAUGCUCGGAGUCUGGCUGCUGGAGACUCUGCAGAUGCAUCUGUCCUCCUCGGUGGUUCCCGAGUUCUGGUCUGGACUUAAACGGCCCGAGAACGAGCUGGAGGAAAGAGACCGGGCUUGGAUUCUCCUCACCGCUUUCAGGACUCUUCUGGACCGCCUGGAACCUUUCCUGGGUGGUCUGCAGAGACUGGGGUCUUGGCAGGAGGAGGGCCGUGGCGGUCUGAGCGGACCGGGCCCCCGGCCCCUCCUGGACCGGGCCUUCACCACCAUCAGGGCUCUCCUGCUCUUCUCCCCUCCUCCAGUUCUGCAGGAGCGGGUUCUGGACUUCUACAGCCGGACCUUCUCAGUCUACAUGAACCGGGAAGGGGCUGGCGAGGACGGGGCCGAGGUUCUGGACAGUCCGGACAGAGGGGCCUGCCCGGGCUGUGGGGUCCCGGUGCCACGAUGCUGGUGCCACGAGGCCCUGGAGCAGCUGCAGGAGCUUAGCCACAUCCUGUGGACGCUGCAGUUGGUGGACUGGGUCAGCUCUGAGUCCAUCACCUCCAUCCUGCACCGCCUGGUGGAGCAGCGGAUGGAGCAGCGGUGCCGUGGCGAGUACGAGCGUUCCUUCCUGCUGGACUUCCAGGAGUGGCUGGAGCUGGUGCUGGGGUGGCUCAGCAAGGUCUUCUCCAGCGAGGGGGGCGGAGUGUCCGGUCCAGGUGGUUCUGGUGGGCCCGGCGUCCCUGCAGUCCAGUCGGUGUGGCGCUGCCACAUGCACCACUUCUUCUACAGGAUCUACGUGAGCAUGAGGAUCGAGGAGCUCUUCAGCAUCAUCAGAGAUUUCCCAGAAUCCAAAGCUGCUAUUGAGGACCUGAAGUUCUGUCUGGAGCGGACCAAUCAGCGCCAGCAGCUCCUCACCUCGCUGAAGUCGGCCUUCGAGAGCCGCCUGCUGCACCCGGGCGUUCAUACCUCAGACAUCCUCACAGUUUACAUCUCAGCCAUCAAAGCUCUAAGGGAACUGGACCCGUCCAUGGUGGUUCUGCAGGUAGCCUGCCAGCCCAUCCGAAAGUACCUCAGGACUCGAGACGACACAGUCCGGCAGAUCGUGGCCGGACUCACUGGAGACGCCGAAGGCUGUGCCGACCUGGCAUCCGAGCUGUCCCGGGGAGACCCGGUGACUCUGGAGAUGCAAGACAGCGAUGACGAAGGCAAUGACCCAGAGGACUGGACUCCAGACCCGACGGAUGCUGUGCCUGAUAAAACGGGUUUGAAGCGGCGCUCGUCUGACAUCAUCAGCCUGCUGGUCAGCAUCUACGGCAGCAAGGACAUCUUCAUCGACGAAUACCGGGCUGUACUGGCCGACAGGCUGUUGCACCAGCUCAACUACAACACGGCCAAGGAGAUCCGUAAUGUGGAGCUGCUGAAGCUGCGGUUCGGAGAGUCCCACAUGCAUUUCUGUGAGGUCAUGCUGAAGGACAUGGCGGACUCCCGCAGGAUCAACAGUCACAUCCGGGAGGAGGAGUCGAAGCUGAGCGAAGAGGAGCAGCCGCCACUCGCUCUGUCCGCCAUCAUCCUGUCGUCGGAGUUCUGGCCGACCCUGAAGGAGGAAAAACUGGAGCUUCCUGCAAUCGUGGGUCAGGCCAUGGAGGCGUACAGCCAGCGCUACGAGAAACUGAAGGCCAUGAGGACCCUGAGCUGGAAGCCCCACCUGGGUUCCGUCACUCUGGACCUGGAGCUGGAGGACAGAGUCCUCACCAACCUGUCCGUGUCCCCGAUCCAGGCAGCCAUCAUCCUGCACUUCCAGGAUCAAAGUUCCUGGACUCUGGAGGAGCUGAGCAUACAGCUGGGUGCCCCAAAGGAACUGGUCCACAGGAAAUUGGCCCUGUGGCAGCAGCAUGGCGUGCUGAAGGAGGAGGCCAGCGGGCGCUACUGUGUCCUGGAGACAGGCUCGUCCCGGGAGAAGCUGGACCGCGGGGUGAUGUUGAUCGACAGCGACGAGGAGAGGGACUCCAACACCACCACCCAGUCUGAGCAGAGAGAGGAGAAGCUGCAGCUCUUCUGGGCCUACGUCCAGGCCAUGCUCACCAACCUGGACAGCAUGACCCUGGACAGGAUCCACACCAUGCUGCGGAUGUUCGUGGCCACAGGACCUGUUGUCACAGAGAUGGACAUCAACGAGCUGGAGGCCUUUCUGCAGAAGAAGGUCCGGGAGCAUCAGCUGCUGAUGUCCUCGGGCGUCUACAGGCUCCCGAAAUCCACCUGAUGGAGGACUCUGUGCUGUGUUCAAGUGCAGCAGGAAACUCAAACACUUUCUGUAGGUUUUUCUCACACUCAUAAAAUAUUCUAAAAUAAAUGUUUCAGUUUUCAUUUUCCUUGAGGUGGGAGCAG